AUGGAAGAUAAAUUUAAUGAAGAUGAAAACGAAAGGGAGGAAGAGAACCAAGAAGAGGUGAGGGAUGAUGAAUUUAAUGAAGAUGAAAACGAAAGAGAGGAAGAGAACCAAGAAGAGGUGAGGGAUGAUGAAAAUCAAAAUAGUAACAAU